GGGCCUCACAUGCUAGAUGAAUGAAUGCAUGCGCUUGCACCAAACGUUCCGGGCGGCCCAGGGGAUUGGGGAGGGAGGUCCGCUCUCCCGGCCCGCACCCCGAAGUUGCUCCGUGGCCGCGGGUGUGAGGGGCGGGCCCAGGCCUCGGCCCGCGCCGCCCCAUGUGACCCGGUCCGACAUGGUGUAGCCUCCUCCCGAGGCGGCUGCGGCGGCGGCGGCGGCGGCGGCAUCUCGGGCUCGGCUCUGCGUCGGGCCGGCCCCGCGGCCGCUCAUGGGUAGCCAGGGCCGCUUGGGGCCCCCCGGGAAGGACGGACCCGGCGAGGGCGAUAGCGGGGAGGCGAGGAAACUGCAGGAGGGGAGGGUCGCGAGGGGGAAGCGAAGGAAGGGGAAGGGGAAGGGAAAAGCAGGAGCGGGGCAAGGCGGAAGAGGAAGCGGGGCGGAGGGGAAGCCGGAGCCGCGAAAGGCGAAGGAGGCAGCGGGGCUGGGAGCCGAGGCGCGGGAGGAAGGAGAGGGAGGCGGAAGCGUGGAGGAAGGGGCUAGAAGGAUCGUAAGGGGAGAUGAAGGGGGAGCAGAGGCGGGGAAGGAGGCCAAAGGAAGAGACUAUAGGAAGGAGGAAUGGAGGGUCAGGACUGGGCGGCGGGAGAACGCAAGGCCAGGGAGAGCACAGGGACGAGGGCGUCAGGCUUGGGGCCGCAUCGCAGCGGCAGGGGCAGCCAUGGCGGCGGAAGCCGAGGAGGAGGCGGCGGCUGCGGAGCCUGCCGACCGCCGCGCUGCCGGUCCCGCGCUCUGGCGCCUGCCGGAGGAGCUGCUGCUGCUCAUCUGUUCCUACCUGGACAUGCGGGCCCUUGGCCGCCUGGCUCAGGUGUGCCGCUGGCUGCGGCGCUUCACCAGCUGCGACCUGCUCUGGCGCCGGAUAGCCCGGGCCUCGCUCAACUCCGGCUUCACGCGGCUCGGCACCGACCUGAUGGCCAAUGUAUCAGUGAAAGAACGAGUGAAGGUGUCUCAGAACUGGAGAUUGGGGCGCUGCCGAGAAGGGAUUCUGCUAAAGUGGAGAUGCAGUCAGAUGCCCUGGAUGCAGCUAGAGGGUGAUUCUCUGUACAUAUCCCAGGCUAAUUUCAUCCUGGCCUAUCAGUUCCGCCCAGAUGGUGCCAGCUUGAACCGUCGACCCCUGGGAGUCUUUGCUGGGCAUGAUGAAGACGUUUGCCACUUUGUGCUGGCCAACUCGCAUAUUGUCAGUGCAGGAGGGGAUGGGAAGAUUGGUGUUCAUAAGAUUCAUAGCACCUUCACUGUCAAGUACUCGGCUCAUGAACAGGAGGUGAACUGUGUGGACUGCAAAGGGGGCAUCAUUGUGAGUGGCUCCAGGGACAGGACGGCCAAGGUAUGGCCUUUGGCCUCAGGCCGGCUCGGGCAGUGCUUACACACCAUCCAUACUGAAGACCGAGUCUGGUCCAUUGCUAUCAGCCCAUUACUCAGCUCUUUUGUGACAGGGACAGCUUGCUGUGGGCACUUCUCACCCCUAAGAAUCUGGGACCUCAACAGUACAUUGCCUGGAAUGGAUAUACCAAAGUUCCUGUUGAACAGAAUUCACCCACUUAAGGACAUCUGGGUUGUUUUCAAUUUUUUGACUAUUGCAAAUAAAGUGAACACUUGUGUGUAUAGGCUUUUGUGUGGACAUAUGUUUUCGUUUCUGUGGGAUUAAUGCCCAGGAGUACAAUUGCCAGGUCAUUUGGUUUAGUUUUCUUAUCUGCCAAACUAUUUUGAGUAUCUUUACCACUUUAUAUUCCGACUCCAAUGUAUGAAAGAUCUAGUUUCUCCACAUCCUAUUGGCAUUUGGUAUUGUCACUUUUUGUUUGUUUGUUUGUUUGCUUCAAGUCUGAGAACUCUUUACCUUGCUCUAGGCACCUACAUUCUGGUUUUCAAUGCUGUAGUUUACAGCAGUGGUGAGGAUGUGCUCAUCUCACCUGCCUCCUGCUUCAGCUGCUCUAGCUUGUCUUCUCCUUUUCUCUCCAUGUCCCAGGGAAAGUAUUAGCCAUAUAUCUUCUUAUGAAAAACCCAUUGUAUCGUCAGUCUUUCCAAAAGAUUUUUUUGUACUACAUGAGAUCUCUUAAUUAAAUGUGUUUUUUUCUACAACAUUCUCUUC